AUGAUAAGACCCAUGCUUAGUCCCAUGCUCAGUCCCAUGCUCAGUCCCACGCUCAGUCCCAUGCUCAGUCCCAUGCUCGGUCCCAUGAUGCUCAAAUCCAUGCUCAGACCCAUGCUCAGACCCAGUAACACUGUCUGCUUCCUUCCUCGCCCUCUCUCCAACCCUUUCCCCCCUGCAAGGCAGCGCACUGCUGCUAAUGUCGGUGGUGGACGCACAGCGAGGGCGAAUGUGGUGGAGGGGGCAGGGAUCGACAACAGUGUGAUUGUAACAGCAGCAGCGGUGCAUGCAGCACCUGCAGCAAUGGCACCUGCAGCACUGCUGGCUGCGCAUGGAACCCAAGCCAAGGCAGCAGGCGAGGGGGCAGUAGAGGAGGAAGCAAGUGGUGGUAGUGGUGUGGCAGCCGAUGCCCUUCACAGCUCACCGCCUGGUUGA